AUGCCUCCCAAGGACAACGUCGAGUGCCCCGCCUCGCUCCUGGCCUCACAAGCCGCUCUCGAGGAGCAGCAUGUCCGGCGCGUCUACGACGCGAUUGCGUGGCAGUGGCACGGCACUCGGUACAAGGCCUGGCCACGCGUCGUCGAGUUUGUGCGCAGCCUGCCGCACGGCUCGCUCGUCGCCGACCUGGGGUGCGGGAACGGCAAGCUCGCGCCUGCCUGCGCCGAGAGCGGCCUCGCCGCCGUUGGCUGCGACUUUUCGAGCGAGCUCGUCCGAAUCGCGGCGAGAGAGAUGCGGAUGGAGGCGCUGGUGGCAGACUGCCUGGCGCUCCCGUAUCGCGACGCGAGCUUCGACGCCGCGCUGUCGAUCGCCGUGCUGCACCACAUCUCCUCGGUGGAGCGGCGGCGUGCGCUGGUCUCCGAGACGAUGCGAGUGCUCCGGGCAGGCGGCGUGGCGCUCUUUUACGCGUGGGCGCUCGAGCAGCAGGAGGGCGUGUCCAACCACGGCGCGGGAGGCUCCGGCGGCCUCCGACGCACGAAGCGCUUCGCCGCGCGAGACGUCCUCGUGCCCUUCCACCAGCGAGACAGUACGCCGCGCCGGUCGGCCGAGCUCGAGGCGGCCGCGGGAGGCGUGCACGUGCCGGACAAGCGCGCGACGGUCUUCCAGCGAUACUGCCAC